GGAGUUUUGCUAGGAGGAAUUCGUAAAGAGAUAUAUAUCAUAAACGAAAACAAAAAAAGAGAGAGAGAGUGUGAAGAAAAGCACAGAUCGAUUGUGUGAGAGAGAUCACAAUUGUUAGGGCUUAUCCCAUGUUUGCUUCACGCAAACAGCUAAAUGUGGAUAUUAUUAAGCCUUUUGCUCUCUCGCGUGGCUUUAAAGACUCUUCUUUCUUUCUUAGCUAGCAUUUUAAUCGACCCACUUAAUUCCCCAUUUGAAAAAAAUAUAUAUAAAAAUAAAAAUAUAAUAUAAUAAAAUAAAAACCACCAUCAUCUACCAAACCAGAAAACCCCACACCCUUUUCUCUCCUGAUCCUCCUCAAGUAUAUACCCACCAAGAAACAAAAAAAACCCUAGCUUUAUCUUUUAUUUUUUGUUUUGGUUUCUGAAGUACAUACUAGUUAGUGGUAUAUAUCAAAGAAGAUCAUCAUUCAGGGAAAAGGGUCGGGAUUAAAAAGAUAAUCAAGACAUGAACGCGAACCCUAGUAGUAGUACAAGCAGCGGCGGAGGAGGUGGAAACAGUGGGAGUGGGAGUGGGAGUAGUGGCGGUGGACCUUGCGGCGCGUGUAAGUUCCUUCGGCGGAAGUGCGUGGCGGGUUGCAUAUUCGCGCCGUAUUUCGAUUCCGAGCAAGGCGCGGCCCAUUUCGCGGCGGUCCAUAAGGUGUUCGGAGCCAGUAACGUGUCCAAACUUCUUCUACAUAUCCCGGUCCACAAAAGGCUCGACGCCGUCGUCACGGUCUGUUACGAGGCACAAGCCCGUCUUAGAGACCCUGUUUACGGUUGUGUUGCUCAUAUUUUUGCUCUACAACAACAGGUGGUGAGUUUACAAACGGAGUUAUCCUACUUACAAGCCCAUCUAGCAACAUUGGAGCUUCCAUCACCGCCACCAGCUCCACCGCAUCAACCAACACUCAUAUCCCCUCCACCACUCACAAUCUCAGACCUUCCCUCAGCCUCCACCGUGCCCGCCACUUAUGAUCUUUCGACGCUUUUCGAACCCAUUGUGCAACCUUGGCCCAUGCAGCAGCGGCCACUGGAUCCACGCCAAUUUGGGGGCGCCACUGGUGGCGGUGGCAGCAGUGGUGAUCUUCAAGCUUUGGCUCGUGAACUUCUCCAUAGACACGGUUCACCACCACAUGGGUCUGUGCCAUGUUCAGAUCAUGGCAUUUCACAAUCUCCAUCUCUUUCAAAAUGAGACUCUUGACGGUUGAUGAACUAAUACACAAAACUGCUUGCCUGAGGUUCCUUGUUGGUCAGAUACUUUAGAACACUUGAAAUUUUAGGGUUUUUUCUUUUUUCAAGGGCAAGUGACGUUAAUAACUGAUCCAUAUUUAUAUAUUUUUUUAUAUCUUAUUUUUCUUUUGUU